GAUUUUAAUACACUCUUUAAAUCUAGAGCGAUUGAUUCAUCUCGUUGAUGGUUCAUCGCAUUAGACGAUUGCACAUAAAACAGCCCUUUCAUUUUAGGGUUCACAUUAAUGCGAGCGGUUUAGCGGAAAUCGACACCCACCAAUCUACACCGCCGAUUAUACGACAUUGAUCUAUUAAUUGAACUGAAUUACAUAUCCAAAUGAAAUUUACAAGAACUUCUUCUUGUCAUACCGGGUCACAUUUGUCAUUCUAAUGAGUUUGCUUUGUGUGGUUGGUGCUCAUUCGAUGUACUUGUACUAGUAUUAGUCUGAUUGGUUCUUAACCUUGACACUUGAAGUGAAAAGAACAAUAUUUGCGCGAGGUGCCAUGAACAAACCAUACAUUGAAAAGCCGACGAGUGAAAGCUAGAGACACACAGUCUGCGUCACCGUCUUCGAAGAACUGCCUGCGGUCUGUUGAGAACUGUGUGGAUAUCUGCCGCACUUUGCAUAAUCGGAAUCAGUUUUGAAAACGGACGAAACGGAAGCUUUGCUAUUAACCGGGAGCUAAAAACGGGAUACAUCAAGCGUAGGAACAGUGUAAAGAUAUCUCGGAACAGUUUACAUCCGUCAAAGGGAAGAGGUCUGAGUCUCUUUCAACGAAGAUGAAUUCCUCAUCGAAUUUUACAAGUAGUAUGGCUUGCGAAAUUAGUAAAGACAGUCAGGAGAAAGUAGUUAUGAAGAUACUGGCGUACAGCACUAUCUUCUGCGUUGCACUAGCUGGAAAUGCCCGUGUUAUUUUGUUGGUGCUCCAAAGCUCCAACAUGCGUCGAAGAACCAUAAAUCUGUUUGUAGUCAAUAUGGCGAUCUCGGAUCUCCUGAUAUCUCUUUUCGCUAUGCCACGUAUGAUGAUUGAAAUUGUUGAUGGGACAGGCAUUUGGUACRUUACAGGAGAUAUUGGUAAUGCACUUUGUAAAUUGUACUUUUUCGUGCAAGAUACAGCAACUGCAGUCUCCAUGGAAAGUCUUAUCAUCAUCGCUUGCGAUCGGUACUUCGCACUAGCCUAUCCAACGCACGCCGCACCGACCACGAAGCGACGAAUUCUUAUCAUUGCUACCACGUGGAUUAUUGCUAUUGCUGUGCAUUUCCCUUACCUUCUGAUUUACAACAUCCAAAUAGGCCCAGAUGGAAGCGUUUGCAUGCAUACCUGGUCGCASGAUAUCAAAGAACAUGCAAAUAUGACAAGAAAUUAUUAUUUCAUACAAUUUACUUUAUUUGUGAUUAUACCAAUUGUUUUGCUCACUGCUCUCUACUCGGGAAUACUGUAUAAGCUAAAGCAACAAGAGUAUCUGAUAAGAAGCGUUUCUAACGGAAGCAGCAGCUCCAAGCGAAGGCGCGAGUACCACGUGCUGAAAAUGGCCAUCGCCAUUUUGGCUGGAUUUGCAAUCUGUUGGGUUCCCUUCAAUACUUAUGUAUUUAUCGCGGUUUUUAUUUGGAAGUUUAGCAUACCAUGCAAUCUCGAAGACCUCCGCUUCUUCGUGUUUUUCAUGGCCUAUUCAAACAGCGCUAUUAACCCGUGCAUCUACAUAUACUUCAGCAGAAAUUUCCAAAAGCUCUCCAAAAGACACCUUACCAAGAAACGGGCAAUCAACAUUGAGCAAAUGGAAUUCUGUCGCAUCAGAGACCGAAAUUAAAACCAUUAUCAGUCGACAUUGUUAAUCUUAAUUUCAGUUCAACAGUCCAAAUUCAAUUAAGACUAGUUUUGCACUCAACAUGCCCAAGAGGAAGAAAGCUUCACUUUUACGUAUCAUAAGACUACUUGACUACUUAAAAAAACUAACAGACUAACAUAAUAGAAGCAACUUAUAAAAGCACGGAAUAUAUCGAUGUAAAAUCUUUGAAUUAAGGUGUUUUAUGACGAUUAAAGCGUAUACAGUAGCCCACAAACUGAGCUUCAAAAUUAAUAUUGACAGAGGAACACGAAAGGAAUUAUAAACAAAGUGUGAUAUAAAUGCCUUUUUUUAAUGUGUCAAAUGGAUGAACAUUGGCCAAUGGUGCUUACAUAGUUUAUUAUUUAAUGUCGAAAAUGAUGGUGUCUUUCGGAAAGUGUUGUCAUUCGACUAAAAUAUUAACAUUCAUUGAAGGAGAAAGGAAGUUACAGGGACGUGAGUAAGUUUAAACAGGUGCACUAGAGUUCUUCCCUUGAGUUGUCUCCCACGGUUCGCCUAUGGAUCUGCUUACAUUGGAGGGCUUUCUUUUGUCGUACAAUAAACUUUUGUACUUAUAAUUUUUAUUUUAAGCAUAGUUCGAACAAUUAUAUGAUCUAAAAAUUGACUCGAGAAGUACAGGAAGUAAACGAAUCGACGCAUCCAUGCCGAACUAUAAAA